GCAGAAGUGAAACAAACAAGUGUUAAAUAGCUCCUUUAAGUAUCUUGUGUCAUUUAAAUGAAUGCUAAUGAUGGAUACGAAUAGUAAGUUAAUUUUUUUACUGCUGUCAUGUACCACAUUGUUUACAGUUCUUCAGGGUCAGAGAGUUGUCACUGAUGGUGAAGUCAUUGGGGACCAGAAUCACGAUGUCACACUGUCAUGCCACUACAUCCAGAGAAACAAAGAGGACAAUUUAGUUCAAGUGCAUUGGACCUGGCAAAAUCAUUCCAAUAAACACGAUCCUAUAGUAAUCAUAUUAAAUCAUCAGAAACAUGGCACGACUGUGCAUAAUACAUCCCUGAAAGAAAGAGUCAGGUUCAUAAAAACACCCAAUUUGACCAUUGAUGCCUCCAUCAUCAUCAAAGAUGUGAAAAUGAUCGAUCAGGGAGUCUACAGCUGUGUCUACAUAACGUACCCUAUUGGGACAAUAACAGGAAUAACCACUCUUAAAGUGAAAGAAGGAAUGCCUGCUGUUCUGUCCACAGCUGUGACCCCAUGGAUUGUCUCUGUUGUGAUGGUCACUGUAAUUCUAGCUUCUGUGAGCUUUUUACUCUUGAAUACAAGACGUAUUUCUGCUUUUUGUAUGGCCCAGAACCCUGGUGAUCUACAACGGGAAGAAGUGAUGGAACUGAUGGAAGACAGUGAAUACACCAUGGUUACCUUCAGUGCCUGGUCAGGAGAAUUGAAGGAAGCCCCAAUCGGCUGGAAUUUGAUGUACACACAGCAGAGCGUGGAUCUGUGAACGAAAAUGACAAGUUGCGGUUUCCCGCUUAAGCCAGUACUUGGCCUUAGUUAAAUGAAGUCGUUUUUAAAAACAGACAAAAACAUUACUGUCUGGGCCCUGAUACAAAUCAAUUGCACUGAUAUUAUAUUCUAACUAAAUACAAUUAUUCUGACAAAAUUGUGCAGAAACUGAUAUGGUGUUUGGGAAUAAAGUCUUCUGCUAGUGAUAGACAUGAAAUGUAAAACAUGAUUACUAUGCUGUUACAAUACUACAUGUAUGUACUGUAGUUAAUGCAUCAACCUUGAGUCUGACACCAAUUUCUCAAAUUAAAAAAGAUGA